CUCGAAGACUGUGUGCCCGAAGGCCCGGGGCCGGGGGGCGGUUGCGGAGAGCUCGGUGUCCCCGGGCCCCGGCCUCUCCCCGGCCGCCCCCCCACAGCCCCGGCGGAGUGGGGCCCGGGGCCCGGCCGAGGGCCCCCCCGCCCCCACCAUGAGUGCGGACAAAGGAAACCCCCCCGCCGGACCACCCUGUGUCACCAUGAAGGAGCUCACCUUCUUCCCGGUGUGUGCCGAAUUCAUGAAACCCACCAAAUUAGUACCUAGGAAUUCCAGGGUAUUUCAGAAAGCGGAGUUAAGCUUCAUGGCCAACAGGAAAAACUUCAAGGAGGUAUCCCAUGAAAGAAGCAUCCAACCAAGAGUUAAGACUUUCCAGGUGCAGCUGCGAUUCUGUUUAUGGGACACGCAAGGCCCUCAACCAGACUGUCUUCCUACCCAAUUGACCAUCACUGUCAACGAGAAGAUAUGUUUUAUCCCCGUGGAUUCUGAUGAUAAAGACUACAACCGCCCUGUGGAUAUCACCCAAUUAGUGUGCCCCUCGGAUGAAGCUCCCCAUAGAAUCACGCUCCUUUGGUCACUGAGUGACUCACGUGACUUUGCCAUGUCCGUGUGCUUGGUAGAGCAACUUACUGCUGAAAACUUAUUGAAACAACUGAAGAAUAAGAAAGCUUUGCCCAGAUUUGAGACACUGAUCUUGAUCCAGAAGUUGAUGCCAGCAGUCCGUGAAUGCGCGCUUCCCUUCAGAAGGGUCCGCGCCUCCCUCCUGUGUCCGUUGGGACAGAGCCUUGUGACUGUGCCCUGCCGUUCGCUAGCCUGUUCCCACUUCCAGAUCUUCGACGCGGUGCUGUAUUUGCAGAAGAAUGAGAAGGAGGAGACAUGGAUGUGUCCCAUAUGUAACCAGGGGAUUCUGUAUCAAGACCUCGUCAUAGAUGAAUUUUUCUUCAUUGUCCUCCAUACUGUCACCUGCGAAGAGAUUAACUGUGAAGCGAUUGACAUUCUACAUGAUGGGACCUGGUGCCCAGCUGGGUACUUCUUGGAUGUGUCAGAACUCUCUGAGGACCCCGGCUUCACUGGUCUACGAGGCCAUCGAUUUCAAAGGAAGAGGAAGGUUCAUUUUGUUAGCAUGAAGGAAUGGCCAUGUCCAGAACCCACGAGAACUGUACGGGUGAGCACCACUGAAAAGAAGAUGGCCCAGGGCAGUGAUAGCCAGGCCGGAGCCCCAGCGCCCAACAGCCUACUGUCUUCUGACCAGCAGUCCUCCUCAAACCUCAGAAAACGUGAUAACCUCAAUGUCCCCUUCAGCUGUGGAAAGAAUGAGCUGCAACGAGGAGGGUCCAGGUUUCCGGCAGGGGACCGGAGGGAUUUACUAGAUUGCUGUGAUGCCCCUGGUACCAGUGGCCUCCAAACUGGCUCUAUACUUUCCAGCAUCAAGGAGAUUCCUGCAGUUGCUCCGAUCAAGAGCUGCUCAUCUAACAUGGAGCGGCGAGCUCUGGCCAUCACUACCAGCAGAGGGUUGUUCUCUGAUACCCUCAAUGUCCACCCUGGAGAGAAUGAGCUACCACAACAAGGGUCCAGGAUUCCGAUAGGGGACCAGAGAGAUUUAUUCGUUUGCUAUGAUGAACAUGGCCCCAGCAACCUCAAAACCUUUCCAUUCAGGAGCAAAAUGGAGGUUCCUACCGUUGCCCAGUUGGUCAGCAGCUCAUCCAGAGUAGAGCCGCAGACUCCAGCCACCAUGGCAGCCAACCUGGUUGCCACGACCACCAAAAUAGUGGUAAGACCUCAGCAGCCGGCAGUCAAGUCCUGCAGUAAGGACACCUGCUGCUCUCUUCCCUUCAGCCAACCUACACAAGGGCUCUUUGCCUCGUCCGUCUCGAAACCUCAAAAAACCUGUGACUUUGGGGACAACCCUCCAGCUUCAGCCGCAGCUCCUGCCUCAGUCCCCUUUUCUAGAUGGCUCCCAACACUCCCCACUGGAAUCUGUCCUCCCAGGAAACGGCUGCCUUUUAUCCCUGAGCUCGGAGCAGGACAGGGAGAGGGUCUCCACCGGCAGCUGGUCAAAUAUCAGUCCUCUGAACCGGGCCCUCUCCCCACAAUGGCCCAGCCCUCCCAAUUUGCCAGAGCUGAGGGGCUCAGCAUGGGGAUCCUGCAGAGAGAGGAUCGGUUCAAAGUGAUUAGAGAAUCAGUUCAGAGGGAAUCUCUAGCCAACAAUUCCAAUUUUUGUCCCCCAGGCCAAAUAGUGGUGAGUCCACACAGGCAGAUGGGGCUGCUGAGGACCACAAAUAUCCAUAAGGGGGGGGGACAAACUCCACCGAGCACUUGACACCCAUCUGCCCCAGGUUUAAUAUUUUCGUAUCCCCUC